UGCGCUCCAGCCUGGGCGACAGAGCGAGACUCCGUCUCAAAAAAAAAAAAGAAAAUGUUGGACAGGCAGUUUUUAGCAUUUUGUGUUAUGAGGGCAGUCAGGAGACCAGUUAAGAUUAAAGUAGGAAUGCACUCCAGAAAAAUUGCCCGAUUAAAAAAACAAAAACCAAAACAAACUAUCCAAAGAACGGGAACAGUAGCUAGAAUGGAUGUUCAUUCAUUAAUCUAUCCAUUCAUCUAGCCAGCCAGCCAUUCAACAAACAUAUAUUGAGUACUUUCUAUGUUCUAGGAACUUUGCUUGGAGCAAAGUGUUGAACAAAAUCACUAGUGAUAUAUUGAAGUUUUAAUUAUCCAGGAAAUCUAUGCUGACAAUCUCACAUGCUGCAUUUCCAAUUAAUUUUCUUUUGUUUGUUUAUUGAUAGGUCUGAUAGGGAUGGAGAAUAACUUUGUAGCAUCCUUCAUGUCAUUGGAUAGUGGUUUGUCCAAGUUCACGGGUCUAAAACUAGUAGAAUGGGCUUUGGAGUUAGUCCUGGGUUUGAAAUCUAGUUUUAUCAGUUUUGGCUGCAUAUUGGACAAAUCAUUUAGCCUAUCUGUACCAGUCUCCUCAUCCAUAAAAUGGGAAUAAUAGCUACCUUAUAGCAAGUUUGCGAUCAAUGGUUAACUACUUAUUAUUGGUAAUUAUCUGUGAUUAAUGUUUAUUAUUAGAUGCAGGUAAAAUUGUGCUUCUGUUUGGGGAUUUUAUUAGUAAUAACCAACUGAAGGGCUGCCAGUGAAAUCUUUCCAGUCCUUAUGUCCCUCCCUCUUGGAAAUGAAUGAGCAACAGGAGUUGGGUUUGCUAAAUUCCAGGUGUGCAGAACUACAAUUUCACACUUGGUUCUUUUUAAACAGCUCCUAGGGUGGGAGGUGAGGGGAACAUGGAUUACCUUCCCUUGGACUGGCUUCUGUCUUAGUCAAUGGGGACAUCUGUCUCAUUGCUCCCUUUUGUGUAUUUGAAAAGCUGAGACAUUGUUGCAUUUUGACCUGAACAUCCUCUGCAUUAGCUUGUGGGCCUAGUGUGGUAACUGAGGCUUAAGGCUUUUUUUCACAUCCCAUUUUCUGUGGUCCAGGUGUAUAUCCCAUUUCUCUGGGCCAAAGCAUCUGACUUCAUUUUCCUACCAUGUGAGUCUUAUAUAUGCCCAACCUCUAAUGCAGUGCACACUGAUUGUUCAGUUGUCCUGGGCCAAAUUUGGGCAGUGCACAAAGGUGCUGCCUUUAGAGAGCAAAGCUUUGCUUUCCACCACGAUGUUGGAAUUGCUAAAGAGUAACAAGAGUUGAAGCACAGCCAGCCUUCUGAAAAGAUUACUGUACUCUCAGUGAGGAAAUAUGCAUUUACUUGUAAUUGUUAAGAGCCUUGAUCUUUAAGCUCAGAUUUCAUUUUACAUAAUUUACAUUUAAGUAACAAAAAUAUAUGUGGCAAGUAGUUCACCUACUCUUCAUUGAGGAUCACUUCUCAGAAAUUGCUUUUUCUUCUUCUUUGCAACCAUAGAAAUCCUUUUCUUCCUUUAAAACAUUCAGAAUUCACCCAAGAGCAGGAGGUCUUGUUCUUCUGCUUUGUAGCUUUGUGACUUUGAGAAAAUUCACUUAACCUCCUCAAACUUCUGUUUGCUAAUUUAAAAAAAGGGUUAAUAACAGUCAUCUUUUGCAGCUUGUCGAGUUGCUGUGAGGAUUAAAUAAGAUAGAUGUAGGUGAAAUGUUUGGGCAUUUAAGUAAGCAUCAACUCUCUGCCCCAGUUGAUGAGCAACUGUGAGCUUCUGCAGAGUCACCACGUCUUGAAGUAGAAAAAAAAGUUUCUCUUUGGUACCCAUGCUCCUUUGUCUUCUUUGUUUCUUCAUGACACCAUCCUAUUUCUCUUGCAGGUGCACUGAGCCCAGAGUUGCCAGAGGAAAUACAGGAUGCUCAGUUAAAUUUGAAUUGCAGGUAAACAAUGAAUACUUUUUUUUUCUAUAGAUAUGUCCUAGGUAUUGCAUGGGACAUUCUUAUACUACAGAAGUAUUUGUUGUUUAUAUGCAAUUCAAAUUUAGCUUGGCCUUCGAUUUUUCUUUGCUAAAGCUGGCAACCUAGGCUUCUGCUUCCCACUACCCCAAUAAUGAAACAUGCCCAGGAAUGGAUCUGCUUGUCCUCUUGUCCCUGUGAGGGCAGAGGAGGGAAACGUAGCCUCUUGUUAAAAUAAUUCCAGCCUUGGUGUAAGUAGGUAACAUAUUUUUGAUGAGGGACCCCUUUCUAGGGCUUCUAGAGUCAUGGAGAAGGCCUCCUACCUUAACGUUUGAAGUUUAUUCCCUGCCAUUAGCCUGCUACAGGACCGCUUGCUUCUCCUCCCCUGAUGGUGAAUAUCAGGGCUCUGUUCAUAGAAGGUGCACAAUUCCUGGCCAUGACUACCUAGCUGGCUUUAAAAAAUAUUUCCUUUGUUUUAGAAAAGAAUAUCCCAUUUAAGCUCCAGGUGCCUGAGUACUAAUUCAUGGAGACAGCUAUAGGAGGGGUUUUUAUAUCUUUAUUAGUCUGGUUCCCUGGAAUCCAGGGGAUUUGUGUAUGAGUUGUGUGGGGAUCAUGGCACUAAAUACCCUUCCGGUUGCUCAGAACCCACCAUUGUCUCCUGCCAGCCCCAGUUGCCUACAUAGUGAAGUCUGCUCAUCCCUCCAGACAUCCAGGGCCCUGUGUGGUUUGCACCUCCCCCACUUCCAUUUUCUGCCAGGUGGAUCUCUUAUCCUCUGGGGUAGGAACCUUCUGCUUGAGGGCUUGUUUCUAACUUUCAUACCCAAACUCUUUCUGUCCCUUCUUUGUGCUCUGCUCUCCCAUAUCCCCAUCCCUGGGAUACUCUAACCAGCCAUCCAAAUCCCCUUCUCUUUGGGCGAUCGUUCCCAGAAUUCUCCAGGCUACAGCUCUUUUGGCUCUUGGAAUUGCGGUAACAUUUACUGUUUGUGCCCUCCGUUUAAAAUUACUGAUGCCUAGUGUUGAUGCUUUCUCUCUUUUCUUUAGCAGACACAGAAGAGGUCUGUUCCUGAGGGUAAAACUCCUGCCUUUUUGUGCUAAUGCUUGGCAUAUUGCCCCACACAUAACAGAUGCUUGAUUGGUUAAAUUUAAAAACAAAUUUAUUUAAGUGGGGGUCUUCCUCUGUCACCCAGGCUAGAAUGCAGUGGUGUGAUCAUAACUCACUGCAACCUUGAACUCAUGGGGUCAAGGGAUCCUCUUGCCUCAGCCUCCCAAGUAGCUGGGAUUAUAGGCACACACUACCAUGCCUAGCUAAUUUUUAAAAGUUUUUUGUAGAGGCUGGGCACAGUGGCUCAUGCCUGUAAUCCCAGCACUUUGGGAGGCCGGGGUGGGCGAAUCACCUGAGGUCAGGAGUUCGAGACCAGCCUGGCCAACAUGGUGAAACCCCAUCUCUACUAAAAAUACAAAAAUUACCUGGAUGUGGUGGCACACACCUGUAAUCCCAGCUACUUGGGAGGCUGAGGCACGAGAAUAGCUUGAACCCUGGAGGGGGAGGUUGCGGUGAGCCGAGAUCACACCACUGCACUCCAGCCUGGGUAACAGGUUGAGACUCUGUCUCAAAAAAAAAUUUUUUUUUUAUCGAGAUGGAGUCUCACUGUGUUCCCCAGGCUGAUCUCAAACUCCUGGCAUCAAGUGAUCCUCUCACUUCGGCCUCCCAAAGUGCUGGGAUUACAGGCGUGAGCCACCAUGCCCAGCCUGGUUAAGUAAAAUUUUAACAUGAAUUUAUAAUAUUGAUCUAAAUAAUAGACUUCCUUUGGGUAUUUGCACUAGGUUAUUCUCCUUUCUUCCAUAACUGAAGAGAGUGUAGUAUUGUAAAAAAAAUUACAUGCAUGCACACACCUGUAUGAACUUUAAAAAAGGAAAAGGCCAACACAUGAGGAGGAUUUUUAUCUUUUACUUCAGCAUUAUUGUUAAAAAUUAGUUAUGUUUAUUUUUUAGAGCAGUUUUAGGUUUAUAGAAAAAUAGGGCAGAAAGUACUGAGUUCCCAUAUACCCCCUCACCUCCACACCUAGUUUUCCUUGUUAUUAUAUAUGUUUUAACUUCAAAAAAAAAAAAGUGAAAAAGGAUGCAGCACAACCACCAGAUAUGGAACCAGGUGGCACCGUGGUUAAGUGGAAGGGCUUUAUAUGACAGGGAGAUGGAUUCUAAUCCUGGUCCCACCACUGAACCAGUCGUGUGACCUUUUGACAAGUUGUGUAACCUCUCUGAGGUUUCUUCAUCUGUAAAACAAAGUCAGUACUAUCUAUCUAAUUGUGUUUGAAAUAAAUAACAUAAUGCAUAGAAAGUGCAUAGAAAAGUUCUUGUCACGGCUGGGCACGGUGGCUUAUGUCUGGAAUCCCAGCACUUUGAGAGGCCAAGGCGGGUGUAUCACUUGAGGUCAGGAGUUCGAGACCAGCCUGGCCAACAUGGAGAAACCCCGUCUGUACUAAAAAUACAAAAAUUAGCCGGGGAUGGUGGUGAGCGCCUGUACUCUCAGCUACUCAGGAGGCUGAGGCAGGAGAAUCGCUUGAACCUGGGAGGUGGAAGCUGCAGUGACUGAGAUGGCGCCAAUGCACUCCAGCCUGGGUGAGAAAAGUGCUUGUCACGUGAUAGAGCACACAAAAAUGUUUGCUAUUGCUAUUAUAAUACUAUUGUAAAAUAUAAAUUGUGGAUGAUGUGGUUUGGGACUGAAGAUAUUGUCGAAGAAUCCAUUUGGUUUAUAAUUCUUUAUCUCUGACAGUCACUUGGGGCUAGGGGUUGCUUGUCAUCUCAGUGGUGUGUCCUAGACGGAUGGUCUUUCUCCUUAUAAUGAGUUACAUAGGAAAUGGCUGUGGUUUGCCAAAUGUCUAUUUGCUGCCCACUGUCAAGCAUUUAUAGGCUAGCAUAUAUUCAUAAAGUACUACAUUCACAGUUUGCUAGUUCACUUUUCACCCUCUCGGUGCUAAUGAGCUGUGUGACCUUGAUGAAGCUGAAACCUCUCUGAGCUUCAGCUUCCUCAGCCGUAAAAUGGGAAUAGUCACAUUGGCCCUGCUUAUCUCACGGAGUUGUGAGACACAUUUAAUAUGCAUCCGAAAAGAAAAACAUGUCACACACAUGUAAGUAAUAGUGAUGAACCACUUUGGGAUUCAGGGAGGGGGACGGCCCUUUCGUAUACAGUUUACAAAUGGAGAAACCGAGGAUAAAGGGUGCCUCUUGGUAGGGACUAGAAUGGGACUCAGACCUUAUUUCCCCAAGUCCCUGAUCACACUAAGCAACAUUUGGGUUUCUUAGCCAAAUAGUCUGCCUCAUUCUUUCACAUUGUUGGGGCUGAAGAUUUAAAAUUAAUCUGUGGGUUUUGUUUCUAGGAAACUUGUGUCUUAGAAGCCCACCCCCUCACGCAAGAGAACGUGUCUCUUUCUCAUUGCUUCCUUAUCCCUACUUGGCUCUUUAAAAAUUUUUCUUUAUCACUGCUUAUCAUAUGACUGUGCACAGACAACCGUAAAGCCAACUAUUUUAAGGGGGAAAGGGGAGGAAGACAGAUAAGACAGUGAUUCAGAAACAAGCAGGAAAAUGGAGUCAUGUGGCUGUCCCCUUGUGGGUGGGAUUUACAGCAGUGUUUUAGACUAAGAAAGCCUCCUUUUCGCCUGGAGAAUAAAUUAGGCCCAUCAGGAAUGUGUUUUAGAACCCGGAGGGAGCACUCCUUCACAAGUCUCUCAUGUGGCCAGCCUCAGUGCUGGGCUGUGUUCUCUUACCGCGCAGCGUGGCUGAAGCCUCUGCUCUGUGCCUGGGACUGGACUGAGCUUGAUACAGUGGGGGCUCCAAUAGAGAGGUCCUGGUGCUUGUCCCCAAGGUAUAAAAAAGGGAGAAAUGGCCACUUGAAAAGACUGAUCUGAUCACAUCAGUUUCAGGGAGAGCAGGAAGAAACUAGGCCUUGUCCUACUCUGUUCGUAGAAAUAUAAAUUAGCGGCACCUUUUUGGAAAGCAAAAAGGUAGUAUCUGUGAAAAUUAAAAUGUAUAUCGGCCGGGCAUGGUGGCUUAUGCCUGUAAUUCCAGAACUUGGGGAGGCCAAGGUGGGCGUAUCACUUGAUGUCAGGAGUUCAAGACCAGCCUGGCCAACAUGGCGAAACCCCGUCUCUACUAAAAAUACAAAAAUUAGCCAGGCAUGGAGGCAGGUGCCAGUAAUCCCAGCUAUUUUGGGGGCUGAGGCACGAGAAUCACUUGAACCCAGGAGGCAGAGGUUGCAGUGAGCUGAGAUUGCACCACUGCACUCCAGCCUGGGCAACAGAGUGAGACUCAGUCUCAAAAUAAAAUAAAAUAAAAUUUAUAUAAUCAAGACGAUCAAGUCUGUUAUUAGUUAUCAGUCAUAUAUAGAUGUGUGACACACUAAUAUUAUUUAAGUAACUUGCCUCUGCUAGCUGAAGAGGUGGCUCUAUGGACACCCCCACCCAGUAAGUCGGCCAUGUGCCUUCUCUAAUGGGAUUUGAAUUUUAGGAAAGUGAGGCAUCAUCUGACUCUUUCCAAAUUUAAAUCUGUUAAGAACCUUUAGGGUUUAAUAUGCUUUUUGUAUAGGCUCCAUUUUUCUUUUUGAAGGAGAAAGACGUGAGAAAAAGAGAAUAAAGGCAUAUCCUGUCUAGGCUAUUGGUUUUCAAACUCUGGGUCAGGACCCUCAAUAAAGUUGAUGAAAUCAAUUGCGUGGAUCUCUACAACAAUUUUAAAUAUGAAAAUUGAACAAUAUACACAUUAUCAGAAUGCUUUGUAUGCAAUAUGAAUAAAUAUUGCCUUAUAAAACUCCUAUUUCAGUUUUAUUUAUGUGAGUACGUAUGAUCUUAAUUCUUACUGUGAGUCCCAGUUUAAAAAAACAUUGAGAAAUAUUGCCCCAGAACACAGUUUCUCAUUCAAUCUAAUUUUAAUGAGUACCAGUAACAUGGAGAAAAGAAAGUAAAGAGGAUAGGGUUCCCUGCACUCAAUAAACUUACAUUUUACUAACCCAAACAAUUCCAUAAAAGCAAAUACGUUAUCAUUCCCCAGGGAAAGACUGACGAAGGAUUUGUAGAGGAGGUGGCUUUUGACCUAGGCCUUGAAGGAUGGAUCGGAUAGACUGGUUCUGAGAAACCUGCCUGACUACUCCUUAGUAAACAAGUCUCUGACGACAAAUAAUGCUGCAGUGCCCUGAUGAACGGAAAUACCUUCUGUGGCCUGAAAGCCCCCAUCUCUUGAAACUCCUGCAAGUGGCAUUCAACAUCAGAUAGUGGUGCUUCAGGGUUCCUGGGUUGAAUUGUUGGAAAUUCAAGGUCAGAGAGCUUAGUUCAUGCCCUGUAAUACAAGGCGGGUUUCCUCAGCUCUAGCCAUACUUCAACUGGCACUGGAGAGUUUUGUACCUUCUGAUCAGGAAUGCAGCAUCUUUGGAAGAUAAGGUGUUUGCAGCCUUACCCGUCAGGAGACUGCACAAUGGGGAUACAUUUAUUCAACAAUUUGUACUGUUUUCUUUUGAUUCUCCCAUCAAACUUGUAUGGUAGUGAAUAUAUUCAAAGCGGGAAUUAAGAGGAAUUAAGCGGGAAUUAAUAGGACAAGACCCAGGGAAGUUAAAUGAUGAAUUGGGGGCCAAGGCAGAUGAAUGAGCACCUGGAUGUCUUGCUUUUUAGGACAAAGGUUUUUUACUGCACAUGCACAGGUAUAUAGUCUCCCAAACACACUAGGUACAGGAGGCCUAGGGCCUGGCCUAGAAGGUAUUGAUAUCAGUACCAUUACACAUUUAAUACCAUUAUCCAUUUAUGCAUUUAAGCUCUAUUUAAAAAGGCAAUCAAAUGAAUCAAAAUUUCUUCUUUUGUUCUUUCCUUCCUACCUUAUUCUUUCCCUUCCAUUCCCCUCUGCCUCCCCCCACCAGCCUUCUCUCACUUUCUUUCUCUUAGAGAAGAUUAGGUAGGGGAAAGGUUCAUAGACCAUUUUACCUCCAAUUGAAAAAAUGUAAAUCUACUAUAUAAUAAGAGAUAUUCAUUAAAUCUUCAUUUCUACAUAAAAAUAUAAGAGUUCAGAAGUUUAGUGACUUGAUCAAAGUAAAAAAAAAAAUCCAGUAGAGGACAGGUAUGGUGGUUCACACCUGUAAUCCAAGCACUUUGCGAGGCCAAGGCAGGGGGAUUGCUUGAGGUCAAGACCAGCCUGGCCAACAUGGCAAGACACUGUCUCUACAAAAACAUUUUACAAAUUAUCUAGGCAUGAUGGCAUGCACCUGUGGCCCCGGCUACUUGGGAGGCUGAGGCAGGAGGAUCACUUGAGCCUAAAAGGUCAAAGGUACAAUGAGCCAUGAUUAUGCCACUGUACUCUAGCUUAGGUGGCAGAGUGAGACCCCCUGUCUCAAAAAAAAAAAAAAAAAAAAGAGAAAAGGAAAAAAUCCAAUAGAGACAGAAAAAUUAUGAGUGAACAGGUUUCCUGAUUCCUAGUAAGGUACUUACAUUGCUAUAUCAUGCUGCAUCCAGUCACCAUUCAUCCAUCAUGCUUCCAUCAUUCAUCCAUCUCUACAUCCAUCCGUCUAUGCAUCCAUCCAUCCAUCCACCCACCCAUCCAUUCAUCCAUCUCUACAUCCAUCCAUCCAUACACACAUCAAUUCAUCCAUCCAUCUCUUCAUUCAUCCAUUCAUUCAUCCAUCUCUACAUCCAUCCAUCCACCCAUCUAUGUAUCCAUCCAUCCAUCCAUUCACCCAUUCACCUCUCCAUCCAUCCAUCUAUUCAUCUAUCUCUCCAUCCAUCCAUCCAUCCAUCCAUCCAUGCCUGAAUCCACCCAUCCGUGAAUCCAUCCAGCCAGCCAGCCAGCCAGCCAGCCAGCCAGCCAGCUGGACAGCCAGGCAGCCAGACAGCCAGACAGCCUGUCAGUUUAUUGGUCAUAUAGUUAAUGCUAAUGCCGUGUGUCUAAAAUUUUUAGUAAGGCAGUCUGAUUUAUUAUUAUCAUUAUUAUUUUCAAUUUGCUUUUCAGCUAUUGACUGAGGUUGCGGCAAUUGACCAGACUACCCUGUGGGCUGAUAAAACCUGAAACUUGUCUAUUUGGUUGAUAUUACCAUUUGUCUGUCCCUCAGUGGCUGGUCUUUACAUGUCAAGAGGAUGGUAAAAACUGCCAUAAGGGACUGAACACAGUGCCUCACGCCUGUAAUCCCAGCACUGUGAGAGGCUGAGGUGGGAGGAUAGCUUGAGCCGGGAGUUUGAGACCACCCUGGGCAACGUAGUAAGACCCAGUCUCUAAAAAAAUUUUUAAAAAUUAGCUGGGUGUGGUGGCAUGCAUUUGUAGUCUCAGCUGCUCCAGGAGGCUGAGGCAGGAGGCCUGCAUGAGCCCAGGAGUUUGAGGCUGUGGUGAGCUAUGAUGGCACCACUCUACUCCAGCCUGGGCAGCAGAGCAACAGAGCAAGUCCCUGUCUCUAAUAAAAACAAACAAACAAACCAAAAACCACAGUGAGAGAUUUUUUUUAAAGACUCCUCCACUCCUUUUUUUGGGUUACAUUGUUUUUGUUCCCCCUACUUUCUGAACUCUCUGGAGUGUCAGGAUACUUUGACUUUUGUGAUUCAAUCAGCCUACUGCAAUGGUAGAUUCUUCCUUUCGAGUUGUAACUCUUUCCUUGGAGCAGGGUUUCCCAAAAUGUGUUCCAAACAAUAUAAGAAGUGAAUAGGUCAUUCACACUCAAAAACGAAUGCCAUAAUCAAGUGAAUUUGGAAAACCAUAGAGUAAAUGAAGCUAAACAUUUAUUGCAGGACUUUUUUUUUACAGCCUUCAAUAGGCUAUUUUCCAUCAGUUUUCUGGAUGGCGAUUGAGCGAGCAGUGUUUCCAACUGGAUUUGAUUGUUCAACACACAUUUAGGGACAGUACUUACAUCUCUUGAUGUCAUUUGGGAAACACUGUCUUAGAAUCUGGCCCCUACUAUUUAAAGUUAAUACGACAUAUUUAGGGCUGCUGGCCAAGAGAAACUAACAUGGUGAGGAGGAAAUAAUCAUUAUCCAUUUAUGUUAAUAUUUUUAUCAUAAAGACUAAAACUUUGUUUUUUAAACUAGGAUCCCAAGUGUUGUUUAUAGGCCCUUGACUAAAGAAAAGAGAAAAGCUUAGGUUGAACAAGUGUUUGUAGAGUAUAUGAAAAUAGAAGUGCAAACAAGGCCCCUAUUAGCCAGAUUUCUGAAUAAUAUUCUAGGAGUUCAUCCUUGUUCUGUCUUUAGUGAGUGACAUUUAUAAAGCAGUAGCAAAGCCAAUAUCAUGGUUCCAGGGAUCGUUCCUAUGGAAUUACAUUGGCUGAGGACAGAGACCCACUCUUCCUCCUCUUUCCUGAAUCAGGUCAGGGUGAAUAUUAUCCAAGUGCAAUUGAACUCUUGCUCCUUCUGUUCACAAAUCAAUUGUUGCUUGAUUGGACCCAGAAUGUUUGCUGCUCAUCAACUCUCUUUUGAAGGUGUAUCUCAAUAUUUCAUUUCCUUGUGUUUAUUGGAAAAUAGUUUUUAAAAGCUACUUGCAAAGAUGUAAGCGUGAUCAUUGGGGUUGACUUGCGGCGAAAAUGUGAAGGAGUCAAAGACUGAUUUCAGGUUUUGUGCACGCUCCUUCCACUUCUGAGCCCCUCCAAGCCUGGGACCCAGCCAGGAUUCCUCACUUCCUCUUGGCUGAGUAUAAACUCAUUUACACUGAGGUAGAUGGCCAUAAUGAGAUAUAUAAGACUGGUGCUUUAGAAGAGUGCUGUGGAGGAGGCCUUCCUUUAUCUGGAGGGUGACAUGGCAAUGUCUGGAAUUUUCAGAUAUCAGUGACAGGAAAAGAUGGACUUUUGGGUCAAGAGGACUCUGUCAAACCAGGUACUCACUGGAGACCAGGCUAUUUCUGAGAUCAUACUCUGUGUCAAGGGCUAGGGAUCUUUACAUGAGCCUUCAACUGUAAGUCAGGGCCCGACUCACUGUGGUCAGUGCAUAUAUUUCUAGAUUAACUCACUUUGGAAAUGCUUGUCUCCCCACUCUGUGAGGGAUUAGUGCUUUUCCACUUUAAAGGAAAAACAGGUCAUAAAUUACUGAGGAAUUUUAUGGCACAGCCCAAAGCACAGAUUGGAGGCCAAGGAAAAAUAAAACUCCAGCUUCUUUAUGAAAGUCGAAUGGAAAAGAGAAGAUGCUUCCUGAAAAGAGGUGGGCACUGCUUGAGGGAGAGGAGGGAAAGGACUCUGAGUGAGUCUACAGGAACUCCUUUUGGUGUCCUUGAGGAGUUUAUGAGAAUUCUCGGCCUCAUCUUGAUAAACUUGAAGGCAAAGUGAAGCAGGCAGUUGAACUGUUUGUCUGGGAAAUGGAUGAGAGACAUGAUUAUUUUUGGUAGCAAGAUUUUCUGUGUUUGGAUUAUGCAUGUUAUAAAUCCAGUAUCUUAAUUUCCAUUUGCCUUGGGUGAUCCAUAUGCCUGAUUUUAAUUCAAUGCUGAUUAAAUGUCAGAGAAGGAAAGGAAGGGAUGAGGUGAGAGUUUCCAAGCCUGGCUGACCAGGAAGACAGCAGGCAGAUCCUGGAGACUGGACCUCAUCAAUUAUAAAGAGAAAAAUCCCCUGUAAGUUACAAAACAAAAUAGCACAAGAAAACACUUUGUAGAUGUACAUUAAGCCGUCUCCUUUCCAGAAAACGUUUCCCCAGACCAGGAAGACCCAGCAUGCCCCUUAGCACCUUAGCCCAGGCCUUCAGCUCUCCUCAGCUCACCUUUUCCUCCAGUGAAUAAACAUGAUGCUGUUUUUAAGUCUUUGCUUCCUUGUUUCUAGCCCAUGUUUUACUCCAGAGCAGUGAGGGCACUUGUGACCAGCUUUGGGGAGAUGAAUACACUGUCAUUUAUACAUAAAUGCACUGUCAUUUAUCAUUUCAGAAUUGGAGCGAAUUCUAAAUGAAUCAUAACAGUUGCACUUAAUGAAUUAUUCUCCUGGGUAUUGGCUAAUUUUAAACCGGUCUGACGAGUUUUAAGGUCCAUGUGGUUUGAGGAAAUUCAGUGGUGCAUUUCCUGGUUUGGUCCUCCUCAUUUCCCUCCAGCCCUGCUCCUUUUCAACAUGCCAGGCUGCUUGGCUGGGUUAUCUUUAAUCACUGUAGGUGGGAGGAGGGGAGGCGGGGAGGUACUGGGCCCAAGGUCAUGCCAGAAGAGUUCAGGCCUCUGCUUGUCAUCUGGCACUGCUCGGAAUUCCCGGGGGUCUCCGGGGAGCUGGCCCUCGGCUCACAGAUGGGCCUGACUUUGGUGAGAGGUGGCCUUCCACCAGGAAGCCUCCAGCUGGCAGGAUGGGUGGGUGGGGAGGGGUGAACUUUGGCUGUGGAAGCGUCUCAGCAUUUUACUCCCCUUUUUCAACAGUUGCUGCCUCCACUCCAGGCUUUUAUUCAAGCAGCACCGGUACCUGGCAGUAGCUCCUACAAUGUUUUCUACAUUGGCUCUAAAAUCAUGGCCUAGUAGACACCAAUGCUUGACUUGUUUUUUUGUUUGUUUGUUGUGAGAAGUUGUUUACCAUUGGCGUGACGGGAUUUUCUUGGCCUUGUGAAGUACAGGGAGCCUCAGGAUAGCUUCACUGGGGGUGUCAUUACAUGGUCAUUAUCAGUGAGACACGACCGCUUCAGAUGGGCAGUGAAAAGGACGAUGGAAAGGCCAGGACACCACGGAAGUUCUGAAGGGGUAGUGGGAACCGACAGGGUGAAUGGAAAGCAGCCCUUUGACAGAAGAAAGACCGAGACCAGUUUCCAGUGAGCUCCUGAGGAUUGAUCUGGAGCCAGAAGGAAGAGUGUAUGUGAUCAUCGAUCUCUCAGGGUCGUCAGGUGAAGCCCCUAAAGACAAUGAAGAGCGUGUGUUCAGGGAACGCAUGCGGCCGAGGAAGCGGCAGGGGGCCGUCAGGCGCAGGGUCCAUCAGGUCAACGGCCACAAGUUCAUGGCCACCUAUCUUCGGCAGCCCACCUACUGCUCCCAUUGCAGAGACUUCAUCUGGGGUGUCAUAGGAAAGCAGGGAUACCAGUGUCAAGUCUGCACCUGCGUGGUCCACAAGCGGUGCCAUGAGCUCAUAAUCACAAAGUGUGCUGGGUUAAAGAAGCAGGAGACCCCCGACCAGGUGGGCUCCCAGCGGUUCAGCGUCAACAUGCCCCACAAGUUCGGUAUCCACAACUACAAGGUCCCUACCUUCUGCGAUCACUGUGGGUCCCUGCUCUGGGGACUCUUGCGGCAGGGUUUGCAGUGUAAAGUCUGCAAAAUGAAUGUUCACCGUCGAUGUGAGACCAACGUGGCUCCCAACUGUGGAGUGGAUGCCAGAGGAAUCGCCAAAGUACUGGCCGACCUGGGCGUUACCCCAGACAAAAUCACCAACAGCGGCCAGAGAAGGAAAAAGCUCAUUGCUGGUGCCGAGUCCCCGCAGCCUGCUUCUGGAAGCUCACCAUCUGAGGAAGAUCGAUCCAAGUCAGCACCCACCUCCCCUUGUGACCAGGAAAUAAAAGAACUUGAGAACAACAUUCGGAAAGCCUUGUCAUUUGACAACCGAGGGGAGGAGCACCGGGCAGCAUCGUCUCCUGAUGGCCAGCUGAUGAGCCCUGGUGAGAAUGGCGAAGUCCGGCAAGGCCAGGCCAAGCGCCUGGGCCUGGAUGAGUUCAACUUCAUCAAGGUGUUGGGCAAAGGCAGCUUUGGCAAGGUCAUGUUGGCAGAACUCAAGGGCAAAGAUGAAGUAUAUGCUGUGAAGGUCUUAAAGAAGGACGUCAUCCUUCAGGAUGAUGACGUGGACUGCACAAUGACAGAGAAGAGGAUUUUGGCUCUGGCACGGAAACACCCGUACCUUACCCAACUCUACUGCUGCUUCCAGACCAAGGACCGCCUCUUUUUCGUCAUGGAAUAUGUAAAUGGUGGAGACCUCAUGUUUCAGAUUCAGCGCUCCCGAAAAUUCGACGAGCCUCGUUCACGGUUCUAUGCUGCAGAGGUCACAUCGGCCCUCAUGUUCCUCCACCAGCAUGGAGUCAUCUACAGGGAUUUGAAACUGGACAACAUCCUUCUGGAUGCAGAAGGUCACUGCAAGCUGGCUGACUUCGGGAUGUGCAAGGAAGGGAUUCUGAAUGGUGUGACGACCACCACGUUCUGUGGGACUCCUGACUACAUAGCUCCUGAGAUCCUGCAGGAGUUGGAGUAUGGCCCCUCCGUGGACUGGUGGGCCCUGGGGGUGCUGAUGUACGAGAUGAUGGCUGGACAGCCUCCCUUUGAGGCUGACAAUGAAGACGACCUAUUUGAGUCCAUCCUCCAUGACGACGUGCUGUACCCAGUCUGGCUCAGCAAGGAGGCUGUCAGCAUCUUGAAAGCUUUCAUGACGAAGAAUCCCCACAAGCGCCUGGGCUGUGUGGCAUCGCAGAACGGCGAGGACGCCAUCAAGCAGCACCCAUUCUUCAAAGAGAUUGACUGGGUGCUCCUGGAGCAGAAGAAGAUCAAGCCACCCUUCAAACCACGCAUUAAAACCAAAAGAGACGUCAAUAAUUUUGACCAAGACUUUACCCGGGAAGAGCCGGUACUCACCCUUGUGGACGAAGCAAUUGUAAAGCAGAUCAACCAGGAGGAAUUCAAAGGUUUCUCCUACUUUGGUGAAGACCUGAUGCCCUGAGAGCCCACUGCAGUUGGACUUUGCCGAUGCUGCAAGAAGGGGUGCAGAGAAGACUCCUGUGUUGGAGACACUCAGCAGGUCUUGAACUACUUCUCCUCCUCGGAGCCCCAGUCCCAUGUCCACUGUCUAUUUAUUGCAUUCCCUUGCCCCAGGCCACCUCCUCCCCCUGCCACCUGGUGACCAGAAGGCGCUCUCGGUUCUUGUCUCACCAGUAAUGCAGACUCGUUGGGUCAGCAAUUAGCUGUAUACACUGCCGUGUUUGGACCAUUGGCAAGCCUGGUUCCACUCCUCAGGGGCUCCUGGCAGUGAAGCAACUUCAGUUCUUUUACUGCAAAGAACAGAAAAAAGAAAGAAAGCAAACAAGAAGACUCUGGCUCUGCUAUCGGACACAGAUCCUGACCCCUCUUGCUUCUUUUCCCUCCUGCACCGCAGCUUGCCAUCCCUGCCCUUCUGUCCUGGAGAAGAGACUGGUGCUUCUCCGCACACACGAGGGAGGGCGCCCUUGAGGCAUGCCCUCUGAGGGAGGGAGACCAGAGAUGCAGGGAUUGGCCAGCUGGGUUGGUUUGCUCUGGAAUGGCUAACUCUUGCCUGAUUUGGUUUUAGCUUUUCAGCAUGCCAAAGUCAUGUAAGUUUGUGUCUUGUGGAAGAAAUCCUCUUUGUGGAAAAAGAAACAGGGUUUUGAACUCUGUUAACAUUUGAAAAAUAUAUUUUCAAAUUCACUUUCUAAUUGGCCAAAAGAGAUGAGUUCCAGUCUGAAUACAGGUAGAUAUUAAAGGGCUAACACAAAAUGAGAAACCGGUCGUCCAAGGUGGAUGCUGUCAAUGCCCGAGUGACACAUGAGAGCUGUAUGAAUUGAGAGAAAAGGCAACAAGUAGCAUUCUUCAUCAUUCAAGUUCUACCUGGACACAAAGGCGAGGACCCUGGGGUUCCAACAAAGCUCAGCUCCCAGAUUCUCUUUCCAGUUUCAUCCUAAGUUCCUAGCAUAAACACUAUUUAUUUUCUGCAGCAGUGUGUUAUUUUUGCGCACUUAUACAAAAUGGUAGUACUACUGUGUUGUGGUUUUUAAACAUUAAACAUGUAAAGUUAUAUACGAAAUAUCUGCUUUUGGAAUAAGCAGAAUGAGGCUAAACAUGGGUUAUACAAAGGGUAUCUGGAAACUGAAGAGCAACUUGUUAGAAAACUGACAAUGUCGCAAGAUGUACUCAGUUUUGUUUCUGUGUGACAUGCAGUGGCAACUCAUGUGGACGCUAUUGAAGGGAUGUGACAUUACCUCCUGUAGAUAUGCUAACAGUGUUAUUCUUUCAUUUCCAAGGGUUCUCUGUGGCUUUGUGUAUAUGUUUCCCAGAGGUCAUUUGAUUACCUAAUUUACUGAACUGAUUUAGCAGGGAAUGGAAUCCAUUCCAACUAUUGCACGUGGAUUUCCCAGCUGCCCCUAAAUAUAUAUACUUGUGAGUGGCAAAGUGGCACUAAUGAAGCUUUUGCCUUUUGUACAUUUGAGAUUUUUGUAUAUAGUGUUUCUGCAAGGCCUGUGGAAUUAAUUCGUUGAAUAUAGAGGUAUCAACUGCUGCAUGUUCAGGCAUAUUAUAAAACUUUAGUCUAUGAAAGAAUAAUUAUAAUAAUGUCCAGGUGCAAUACUCUGUAAGUGUAUUGGUUCAAGUUACCGAGAGAUAGGUGUGUUCCUUUAUGGGGGAUGGGGGGGGGGGGUGUGUUGGGGAUUCUUUGUAUUGUUUAUUUCAUUUUGGUUUAUUUUAAAAGAUGUAAACAUAUAUUAAGCUAUAUUAAAUCUCACAUACAGUUCUCCUGUGCUCUAUUAUACCCUGAUAGAGAUGGGGGAGAGAAAGGAAUGUUUUUGAUGGUGGUUUCAAAGCUCGGACAGUAACUAUCUUGAGCCCAUUAGAGAGUCUUUGUCCAUAUUUGCAUCUGGCUGGUCAUAGCCUUUGUUACUAAUGAUGACAUUCAGUUCUCUUUUGUUUUUAUUUUUUAAAAACUCAGGUGUAAUUAUUAUCUGUUCUUAAGAUAAUUGCAAAUAUUAAAUAUUAUGAUAUAUCAAUUCAUGUGUUUGGCAUACCAGUGAAUGAUGAAGAACAUUAGAUUAAUUUAAUUUAUCUUCGGUAACUUGACAUUCUGGAGAGAGACUAUCUUCUGGAGUUGAGUACAAGCACAGAAACAUCUUUACGGUGGCAUCAUCUCAUUUUUUAGGAAGACAUGAUAAUACUGCCCAUCAUAUUCAUGUGUAACUACUGUUCUUUCUUCUGCUUUCUUCACCAUUAUAAACUUUGGACAACCAAGCAAGCUCUAACCGCAAUGCCAGAUGGCCUUGUUCAAGGGCCUGGUGUUUGCACGGCAGUGGGAACUGGGCCUUUCCUACAGGACAACUGGCAAGUUUGCUGGGAAGUCAAAUAAUACAUUCCACCUGGCAGCUGAAGGCAGCCAGUCAGUCUGUCCCAGAAAGGGCCCUUUUCAGCACCCAAAGCUGGGCUGGCUGGGAUGCCUCUGGCUGGUGAAGUUCUCACAUAGGCUGAUUUAAAUCCAGCAAAGGUCUAUAGAAAAAGGCUUGUGUGUUCGUUGAGUAAUCAUUGUUUCAUUUUCAUUUUUACAAGAGUUUGAAAAUAGACACACUGUUAACACUUCUGCCAGUUUUUUCUAAUCUUUCCAGCCCCACCCCCUUUCUCUUUCUCUCUCUCUCUCAAAGAAAAAAAAAAAUGAGAGUGCAAAAAAAAAAAAAAAGCCAAAAAAUAUAUGAAGGAUAGCUGUUCUUCUGUGUUCUCUCAUUAUGGACUUUGUGAAGUAGAAACAUAAUUUUUUUUCCUCCAAAGGUGAAAAAACAAUGCAUUCUUGCUUUAAAAAAAAAAAGAAGGCUAAAAAAUUACCUCUUUUUAAAUUAUGUGCAAAAUAAUUCUGGCUAACUGUAAAAUGUAUUCAAUUUUAGGAUUUUUUUUUUGUAUUGUGAUGCUUUAUUUGUACAUUUUUUUUUCCUUUCUGGAUGUAAUUUUAAUCUCUUGCCAUUCAUUAGUGUUAUUUCAUUGUAAACAUUAUUGUGCCAAAUGUACUGUAUUCAAAAGGAUGUGAAUGUGUAUUGUUUCAGAACCUAAUAAAUACAAUGACGUUAAGUCUUA